ACAAUAAGGCAACAUAUUAUAUCGACAACAUCUGUGUCUUCAGAUCCAUUAACAUAAAGCACGUUUAUAUCUUCGCAAACGUACAGGGCAAGACUUUCAGAUAAUCACGAUUUAGCCAUGAUGAUAAAUUAUAUACUUAUCGCUGCACUCAUUACAGGUGUUUUCUCGAUAAAAUCUUGUGAUGUAAUCGGCCAAGAGUAUUGCCAGAUUGCCUGGGAUAUGUAUCCUACACAUAAAGUUGAUAGACACUAUUGCAAUCGCUUGCUCAUACUAGAAAAAUGUUUCCUCACCCUGUUCUUGCAGUGCAGAAAUAUCUACCACAACUACUAUGUAAGGAAUUGCAAUGAUGGUGUGAGGAUGGGUGUCUCCUCCUCAAGUCACGCAAAAAUUGUUGAAAGCUCACUACUUAUAUUGAUGAUACUCGUUACCUUCACAGGGGUGUGAUGGGAUAAUAAUUCAAACUGGCAUUUGAUGUCACUAUCCUGUAAGCAAGACGUAUUCGUAAGGUCUGAGUUUUUGUGACACGAAAUCAGAAAGAAAGAAAUGAAGAAAUAAAUAUUUCCUUAUAAUACA